AUGCUGCCCACCGCCUUCUGGGCCGCGCUGGCCGUCGGACUGCAGCUCUGGGCCGCAGGGCGCGCCGUGCCCGCCCAGGCUGUGUUUACCCCCUAUGUCCCGGAGCGCGGAAGCUCAUGCCGGCUGCAAGAAUACUACAACACAAAGGUCCAGAUGUGCUGCAGCAAGUGUCCACCAGGCUACCACGUACAAUCCUUAUGCAACAAGACCUCAGACACCGUGUGUGACUCCUGCGAGAGGAGCACAUACACCCGGCUCUGGAACUUGGUCCCCGCGUGCUUUAGCUGUAACUCCCGCUGCAGCUCUGACCAGUUGGAAACUCAAGCCUGCACAACAAAACAGAACCGCAUCUGCACCUGCAAGCCGGGCUGGUACUGCACCCUGGGAAGGCAGGAGGGGUGCCGGCUGUGCGUGCCACUGCGCAAAUGUGGCCCUGGCUUCGGCGUGGCCAAACCGGGAACUGCAACAUCAAAUGUGGCAUGCGCUCCCUGUGCCCCAGGGACGUUCUCCGACACAACAUCAUCCACGGAUUCUUGCAGGCCCCACCGGAUCUGUAGCUCGGUGGCCAUCCGUGGCACCUCAGAGAUGGAUGCAGUCUGCACAUCUGUGCUCCCCACCCUGAAAGUGACCCCGGGCCCAGCCCUCACAAGAUCCCAACGCAUGGAGCCGACUCCAGGGUCCAGCACAGCUCCAAGCACCUCCGUCCGGCUCCCGAAGGCCCCAGGUCCUCCAAGUUACCCAGUUGAAGGGCGCAACACAGCAAACAUCUCUCUUCCCAUCGGACUGAUUGUGGGUGUGACAGCGUUGGGUCUGCUAAUAAUAGUCCUGGUGAACUGUGUCAUCAUGACCCAGAAAAAAAAGAAGCCCUUCUGCCUGCACGGAGAUGCCAAGGUGCCGCAUCUGCCAGCUGACAAGGCCCGAAGUGCCCCAGGCCCCGAGCAGCAGCAUCUGCUGACCACGGCGCCAAGCUCCAGCAGCAGUUCCCUGGAGAGCUCGGCCAGCGCUGCAGACAGGAGGGCGCCCACCAGGCCCCAGCUGCAGGCGCCGGGAGUGGGGAAGGCCCCGGCCAGCUGCGGCAGCUCAGAGGCAUCGUCUGGUGGCCACGGGACCCAGGUCAAUGUCACCUGCAUUGUCAACGUUUGCAGCGGCUCUGACCACAGCUCUCGAUGCCCCUCCCAGGCCAGCUCCACGAGGGACACAGACACCAGCCCCUCUGGCUCCCCGAAAGAUGAGCAGGUCCCCUUCUCCAAGGAGGAAUGCCCUUUCCAGUCCCAGCCGGGGGCUCCAGAGACUCUGCUGCAGAGCCCAGAGGAGAAGCCCCUGCCCCUCGGUGUACCUGAUGCCGGGAUGAAGCCCAGCUAA